GGGGCGGCGGCUGCGUUUCAGGAGCCUCCCGCGAACUUGCGGAGCGGGUUUGCGACUCACAGCUGGAGUCACCCUAAGCUCGGCGACACUCGGGCUGGGUGGGGGGUCCGGGGGGUUGUGAGUGUUGGGUAGUGAUUUCAGCUCUUUUAGUAUUUGUCCAGCAGUCCCUCGCGCAGCGAGGGGCCCUGAGCGCGUACAAAAGCAGUGGGUCUUGGGUGGGGUUACAGCGCAGGGGGCCUUAUUGUUCUGAACGCUGUGCUGCGCCCCGGCAGCAGCUCCUCCGCGCCUGCAGGUGGCGGUAGGUGCCUGAGGAGCCCGCGCCCCUCCUGCAUGUCCAGCCUUCAGCGCCCCAUGGCGGCCUCGGCCCCGGCCCCUGCGGCGCCGCUGAGCGCGGAGCAAGCCAAAGUGGUGCUGGCCGAGGUGCUCAAGGCGUUCGGCGCCCCGGAGAACGCGCAGCGCCUGGACGAGGCGCGGGACAACGCCUGCAACGACAUGGGCAAGAUGCUGCAGUUCCUGCUGCCCGUGGCCACGCAGAUCCAGCAGGACGUCAUCAAAGCCUACGGCUUCAGCAGCGACGGGGAAGGGGUCCUGAAGUUUGCCCGGCUGAUAAAAUCCUAUGAAUCUCAGGACCCAGAGAUCGCCAGCAUGUCUGGGAAGCUGAAAGCCAUGUUCCUGCCACCCAUGACGCUGCCCCCACAUGGGUCGGGGACAGGCGGGGUGGCAGCCUCAUGAAGCUGGGACCCUGUCCAGCUCCAGCUGAGCAUGAGGGCGCUGGUUCCUGGCAUCCCGGUUGGGCUGCGGUUGUCCAGCUGCAGGUGGGGCCCCAGGAGCCCCCAGUGCCUCGGAAUCUCAGAAGCUUCUUUGUGUGUCUGCGGCGGUGUGUUUUACGUGCCUGCAUGAGACAGAGUGCUGCUUCUGCUUGUGAAUAAAAGUUGUUUUAAGAAUG